AUGGGUGUGGAUUUAGAUGCUCUUGUUGCUGAAUCCCAAUUCAAGAAAAGAAAAGUAACAUUGGAUGGCUAUAACGGUUCUUCACCUUGUUCAAUCUCACGUGAGAUUCAAACUUUCUUACCUACUCUUCAAGCUUCUGAUUAUUUUACUGAACCUUGUUUGACCGAAUUGGUCAUGAGGGAACUCAUGAACCCAGGUCAUUCCCAAAGGGUUCAAAACUUUACAGUUGGUAGAUAUGGUUAUGGAAAAGUUAAGUUUUUUGGAGAAACCGAUGUUAGAUGGUUAGAUUUAGACCAAAUUAUCAAAUUCAAACGACAUGAGAUUGUUGUGUAUGAAGAUGAAACUACCAAACCUGUAAUUGGUAAGGGACUCAACAAGGCUGCUGAAGUAACACUACUUUUACAAAUAACCUCCAUGAAAGACCAAGUAACAGAGAAGCUGAGGGUAAGUGCAGAAAGACAAGGAGCAAAGUUUAUCUCUUUUGAUUCAAACAAAAAAGAAUGGAAAUUUACAGUUCAACAUUUUAGUAGAUUUGGUCUGAGUGAUGAUGAAGAAGAAGAUAUUGCAAUGGGUGAUGCCGAUUCUGAUUCCGAGGUCCAAGAACCGAUUCCAAUGAAUGAUAGUGAUGGUUCUGAUCCCCACCUUCUCUCUCAUUCUCUUCCUUCUCACCUCGGUCUUGAUCCUGUUAGAAUGAAGGAAAUGCAAAUGGUGAUGUUUCCUUAUGAGGAAGAUGAACAUGAAGAAUUAAAUGAAAGUUUUUCACACCAUAAGCAACACAUAAGAUCUCCAAUACAUCAUCCUUCUACCAAAACAAUCCGAAAAACUCCAUUAGCUUUACUUGAAUACAAUCCUGGUAGUUUCGGGUCAACCCCAAACGGGUCAAUUUUAUUGACCCAACAAAAGAAACCCCUUCCUUUAACAAUAACAAAAGUUCAAGGGUUCAAAAUGGAGAUAAAGGAAACACCAGUGACAAAGAACUACUCACGAAACAUAGUUGAUGCUGCAUUGUUCAUGGGUAAAUCAUUUGGUAUAGCAUGGGGUCCAAAUGGCCUCCUUCUUCAUUGCAAUUCUUCCACAAUAAAUCUACAAAAAGCUGCAACUGAUAAUGUUGUCAGAGACGAAAACAACAAAGUACGUGAAGAACUUAUCGAUUCAUGCUUCGAUUCUCCUUUAAACUUUCAUAAAGAACUCAACCAUGAAACAAAGGAAGUUGUAGUUGAUGAUUACAAGAUAAAGAUUCAAAAACUUGUAUGUGAUCGUUUCUCACUUUCUCAUAUAUGUCGAAGCUAUAUAUCAAUCAUUGAGAAACAACUAGAAGUACCCGGAUUAUCCCCUUCCAAACGUGUCAUGUUAAUGCACCAAGUUCUUGUUUGGGAGCUCAUAAAGGUUCUUUUCUCUUCAAGAGAAAUAAGCUCAUUAGAUCCAGACAUGGAAGCACUUCCUUUGAUCCGAAGAGCAGAGUUCAGUUACUGGUUACAAGAAUCCGUAAUGCAUCGUGUACAAGAUGAAAUCAGUUCCUUAAACGACUCAAAUGAUUUACAACAUUUGUUUUUGUUGUUAACUGGAAGACAACUUGAUACAGCUGUCGAGCUCUCUGCUUCACAAGGAGACGUGAGGCUCGCGAUGCUGCUAAGCCAGGCUGGCGGGUCAAUGGUCAACCGGUCCGAUCUUGACCAUCAACUUAAUCUCUGGAAAACCAACGGUUUGGAUUUCAGUUUCAUCGAAAAGGACAGGAUCAAGAUAUUAGAGUUGCUUUCAGGUAAUAUCCAUGAGGCUUUAGGAGACAUGAACAUUGAUUGGAAAAGAUUUCUAGGGUUGUUAAUGUGGUAUCAGCUUCCACCUGAUUCUGAUUUGGUUACCAUUUUUCAAACGUAUCACCGUCUUUUAGAAAACGGGCGGGCCCCGUAUCCGGUUCCGGUUUACAUAGACGAAGGGGUGGUGGAAAACGGUUGGACCCCGGGUAAUGACCGUUUUGACCUUGCGUAUUAUCUUAUGAUUCUUCAUGGAAGUGAAGAGCGGGAGUUUGGUAUUUUAAAGACUAUGCUUAGUGCGUUUGCUUCAAGUCAUGAUCCGCUUGAUCACCAUAUGAUCUGGCAUCAACGUGGUGUUUUGGAAGCUGUUGGGACAUUUAGUUGUGAUGAUCUUCAUGUUCUUGAUAUGGGAUUUGUUUCACAGUUGUUGUCUUUAGGACACUGUCAUUGGGCAAUCUAUGUUGUCCUCCAUAUGUCUCAUCGUGAGGAUUAUCCGAAUCUGCAAGCUUGUGUUAUUAAAGAAAUAUUGUUUCAGUAUUGUGAAACAUGGAGUGGUCAAGAAAGUCAACGCGAGUUUAUUGAGGAGUUAGGGAUUCCAUCAGCUUGGAUGCAUGAGGCCUUGGCUGUAUAUCAUGGUUACUAUGGAAAUUCCUUAAAUGCCCUUGAACAUUAUCUUGGAUGUGGGUUUUGGCAAAAGGCACAUUCGACCUUCAUGAGUGUGGUUGCACAUUCUCUGUUUUUGUCAGGGAAACACUCGGAGAUAUGGAGGAUUGCGACUUCAAUGGAAGAACAUAAAUCAGAAAUUGAGAAUUGGGAUGUUGGGGCUGGAAUUUACAUGACAUUUUAUACCCUUAGAAUUAGUUUGGAGGAAGAUGAUGAUGCAAUGACUGAAAUGCAGGUUUCUUUAAAGAAGAAAAACGACGAGUGUAAAGAGUUCUUUAAUCGGUUGAAAGAGUCCUUGGCAGUUUGGGACAGCCGUUUGCCUCUUGAUGCUAGAAUGGUGUAUGCAAAGAUGGCAGAGGAGAUAAGUGAUUUGCUUGUAGGGGAUCCAGGGGAAGGGUCAAGCAUUGAGGAUAAAUUGGAGUGUUUCAGUACCAUAUUUGAUUCACCAAUCCCUGAUGACAUUCUUUCAUGCCAUUUACAGUCUGCAGUUUCUCAUUUUGCAUUGCAUCUAACAGAAGCAGCCUCUUAAUUUUUUUUUUUUACACAAUACCAAAAUUGCCCUCCCUCCUUUCCUUUGUGUGUGUGCUGUUUUUGUAAACAUGAUUUUGUAAUUAUUGAUUGGCAUUACAGUGAACUAGGUUUUUGCCCAUAUAGUAUAUCUAUCUCUACUUUGAAGAUUUGUUAGAGAUAACUGUUUUUCAAAAUUUAGCUGUCAGAUAUGUUUUAUGUAUGUGGAAGGUGGCCACUGUUCACUAGUUUGUAUAUCUUAUGCUUAAUUCUUCUACAAGUAUUCACAUGUACUUAUUUAAUCUCAGAAGUAUUGCCA